CACAGUGUCUCUUGCCAUCAGAGCCUUCAGCAAAUGUUCAAGCGAGUCAGCAUCAUGAAGUUGUUGCUCUUGUUUCUGCUCUGUGUUUCCAUACUUAAAGUCCAGUCUCAACCUGACUACGAUCCUGAGGAUGUUGACACCCCUAUGGGUGAAGAAGCAUCCGUAGAUGUUCGAGGACACAGGCCAUUGGAUAAAAGUCGGGAGCUACGUCCAACCCUUAGACCAGCUCCUCCUCCCAUUUCUGGAGGCGGAUAUCGUCCUCGUCCAACGAAACCACCCACCAGUGGCAAACAGAAAGGGCCCAUUGUUUAUCCUGAUGCUGGAGGCUGCAAGCAUGCAGCAGAUGAGCUAGGCGUGUUGUGUCCAACUGGAUGUGAGCUGCAAAUGACAUUGGUAAAGCAAGAGAAAAGUGUGAAAUCAACUGUUCAUGACCUAAGUGAUAAAGUACAUAUAUUAUCUAAAAACUCUGGAAGUUUCCAAGUGUAUGUGACUACGAUAGAAGAAAAUUUGGUAAAAAGAAAGAAACAAAGAGGAGACAAUCAGAAUGUAGUUUCUGAGUAUAACACAGAAAUAGAGCAGCAGUAUCAUUUCAUUAAGGAGAGUAUGGACAACAACAUUCCAUCUGCCAUCAGAGUUCUUCGUUCAGUUGUGGACAACUUACACAAAAAGAUACAAAAACUGGAAGCUGCCAUAGCAUCCCAGAUGGACAACUGCCGCUCCCCUUGCACUGUUUCUUGCAAUAUCCCAGUGGUUUCAGGCAAAGAAUGUGAAGACAUUUUCAGAAAAGGAGGUGAGACAUCAGAAAUGUACCUCAUUCAGCCAGAUACUUUCAGCAAACCUUACAAAGUUUACUGUGAUAUGUCUACAGAGAAAGGAGGAUGGACUUUGAUUCAGAACCGUCAAGAUGGAAGUGUUGGCUUUGGGAGAACAUGGGAUUCAUAUAAAAGAGGAUUUGGAAAUGUUGCAAAGGGUAGAGAGAAAAAAUACUGCAAUACCCCAGGUGAAUAUUGGCUUGGAAAUGAUAAAAUCAGCCAGCUCACCAACAUCGGACCCACUGAGGUUUUAAUUGAAAUGGAGGAUUGGGAUAAUAAUAAGGUUUCAGCUCAAUAUGGAGGAUUCACCAUCCGGAAUGAGGCACACAAGUAUCAGCUCUCACUUAGUAACUACAAAGGCACAGCUGGCAAUGCCCUUAUGGAAGGAGCUUCACAACUGCAUGGUGAAAACAGAACAAUGACAAUUCAUAAUAGCAUGUACUUCAGCACUUUUGACAGAGACAAUGAUGGAUGGAUACAUGCAGAUCCAAGAAAACAGUGUUCUAAAGAAGAUGGUGGUGGCUGGUGGUAUAAUCGCUGCCAUGCAGCCAACCCCAAUGGCAGAUAUUAUUGGGGUGGGCAGUACAGCUGGGAUAUGGCAAAACAUGGUACAGAUGAUGGUGUUGUAUGGAUGAAUUGGAAAGGGUCAUGGUAUUCAUUGAAGAAGAUGAGUAUGAAGAUUAGACCAUUCUUUCCACAAUAAAUGAGCAAUGUCAAAUGUUUUCAUGCUCAUAUCUUGGAUACCUUCUUUGAGUGCAUGCCCACUGAAUUUUGUUUACAUCAAAGAAACAAAUGCACCAAAGUUUAUAUUUGAAUAUAUUGUGACCUAAACUGGAAUGUAUUCCUGGCCCAUUAAAAUAACUCACAAGAA